AGACGGGAUGUGGGGUGACAGGCCCCGGGGUCCCCGUCUCCAGCCUGAGUGCCUGGAAGGACACGCUGACGUGGAUGGCGUUGGGGGCAGCGACAACGGGGGACGUCGGUGGGCAACUGGACACCCAGCCCUAAGCUCCCCAGGGCACCUGCCUCCCUCAGGUCAAAAGCCAGAGUCUUCUCCGCGGCCCUCAAGACCCCACACGGGCACGCCGGCAUCCACACCCCAGACUCAGGCGUGUGGGCAGCUGUUUCCAGGGGACCAGCCUGGAGGUGGCGCCAUGCCGGUCGCUCUCUCCCCACUCGGUUCUCCUGGCGGACGACGCCGUCUGCUCACCGUGGCGUCUCUGGCUGCCGCUCCACCGGGUCAGCGACUCGUCUGUCGUCCCCGCUGCCGUGGCCCCAGGACAGCAGCUGCAUACAGCAGGUGCUCAAUACGCGCUUUCGGGAUGAAUGACUUCACAUCUCCCGCUAGCAUCCUGCACACAGAUGAGCAAACAGGCCCUGCCGGGGCGCCCGCACCCCCAGAGGGGGACAGUGAGGCUCAGAGCCGUGGGGGCUGCUCCAGGGACCCCAGCAGCAGCCAAGCCACUUCCCCCUGUUAUCGUCCCCGGGCGGAAAUCCUGGAGUCUGUCAGGGUGGAGGAGGCGGGAGGGGCCAUGAGGCUCUGGCCCACUGGCCUCGGUUUACCCAUCGGUGCGAUGGGCUUGCUCGGGGCUCCCCACGUGCGAGGCACUCACACGCACCCGUCCCUUUCUCAGUCCUCUCAGGCCCCCGACGCUGGUCUCAGAGAGAGUCUGCAAUGGGCGGCCGUGUCACCACCGACCCCGUCGCAGAUGAGGAAACUGAGGCACAAAGUGGGAACCUCACGGGAGCCAGAACUGACCAUUUCUUGGAGGGGCUGGGACAGGCCCACCCCUUCCCGACACCCACGCGGUCCUGGCUCCCCCCCCCCCCCACGGCCAGCCCCCCGGGAACCGUUGGUGCCGUUACCUCGCAUUACACAAGCCCCCGAAGAGGCUGGGAAGGAUGCGCCGGAUGCAAGAGGGAGCUUAUCCCAGAGGGAAGGGCGCCCCCAGCUUCAUAACCCAGCCAGGUCGGGCCCUGCACGGAGCAGCAUGCCCGGAGCUGCCGCCCCUGCCGUCCUCCUGGCCUGCACACUGGCCCUGGGAUCCCCAGCUUUUGCAGGACACUCACGGCCACUGGAAGUCCCAGGGACCCUGCGAGGCAGCAUCGUGGGGGGCCGUGAAGUGGCGCCCCACUCACGACCCUACAUGGCAUCUCUGCAGCUGGACGAGAAGCACAUCUGCGGCACCGUGCUGGUGCGGCCUCGCUGGGUGCUGACUGCCGCGCACUGCGAGGUGGCCUGGAACCUCAGCGACUUCCGGGUGGUCCUGGGGGCCCACAACCUGAACACGCCGGAGCCCACCCAGCAGGUCUUCAACAUCACGCGGGCUGUGCCCUACUCGCUCUACAACGCCCAGCAGGACAUCCAUGACAUUCAGCUGCUCAAGCUCCACACCUCGGCCCGCCGCACUUCCUCCGUUCGCCCCACGCCCCUGCCUGGCCGGAACCGCUAUCUACGCCCAGGGUCACAGUGCCACGUGAUGGGCUGGGGCGAGACCACGGGCCACGACGACCCCUCGGCCGCGCUGCUGGAGGCCACUGUGGUCGUCCAGCCCCGGGACACCUGCAACGCGUCCUGGAGAGGCGCCCUCACGCAGGACAUGCUCUGCGCCUCCACGGGCACCAGGGAGCGCCGAGGCGUGUGCGCGGGCGACUCAGGCGGCCCCCUCUUCUGCCGCGGCCAGCUGCAGGGCGUGGUGUCCUUCUCCUCCAUGGUGUGUGGGAGCCCCCACUUCCCGGACGUCUACACCCACGUGUCCGCCUACGUGUCCUGGAUCAGGGACGUGCUGCAGCACUACUGACGGGCAGGCGGGGUCUCCCCCUCAAUAAAGGCUCUCCAGGCGGCACCGCGCCUCCGACUGUGUGUCCCCCUGGCUCACCGCAGCUGCCAUCCCCCUGCUCUGCUGCCUCCCAUGGCUCCCCAGCACCCUGGAGCA